AUGGCAAAUACCAGAGUUCCCUUUCAAGUCCCGAUGCUCACUAAGAGCAACUAUGACAAUUGGAGCUUAAGGAUGGUAGCUCUCCUUGGUGCACAUGAUGUAUGGGAGGUGGUCGAGAAGGGCCACACCGAGCCAGAGAAUGUAGAAAGUCUUUCUCAAGCUCAAAAGGAUAGCUUGAGAGACUCAAGGAAGAGAGACAAGAAAGCUCUCUGUCUAAUCUAUCAAGGAUUAGAUGAAGAUACUUUUGAGAAGAUUUCUGGAGUCAAGUCAGCCAAGGAAGCAUGGGAGAAGCUCAAAAUCUCUUACAAGGGAGCAAAUCAAGUAAAAAAGGUACGUCUUCAAACUUUGAGAGGAGAGUUUGAAGCUUUGCAUAUGAAGGAAGGAGAACUAGUCUCUGAUUACUUUUCAAGAGUUUUAAUGGUUACUAAUAACCUAAAAAGAAAUGGUGAGAAGCUAGAUGAUGUAAGAAUUAUGGAGAAAAUUCUUAGAUCAUUAGAUCCAAAGUUCGAACAUAUUGUCACCAUUACCGAAGAAACCAAGGACUUGGAGGCUAUGUCAAUAGAGCAACUUCUUGGUUCAUUGCAAGCUUAUGAAGAAAAGAAAAAGAAGAUGGAAGAGAUCGUGGAACAAGUCCUCAAGGUACACAUUGAUUCAAGAAAAGAAGAAAAUGCACACAAUCAAUCAAGGCGAAGUUAUAAUCAAGAACAAGGACGAGGGCGUGCAUAUGGACGUGGACAAGGACGAAAGUCUAACAACAAUAACCAAAGAGGAGAAAACUCUAAUAGAGGUCGUGGGAGAGGAAAUUCGAAUUCAAGGUAUGACAAAUCACGAAUCAAGUGUUACAAUUGUGAUAAGUCUGGACAUUAUGCUUCUGAAUGUAGAGCCCCUAACAAGAAUAAAGUCGAAGAGAAAGCCAAUUAUGCUGAAGAAAGGUGUCAAGAAGAUGGUACCUUGCUAUUGGCUUACAAGGGCCAAGAUAAAGGCGAGGAUAAUCAGUGGUACCUUGACAGUGGAGCAAGUAACCAUAUGUGUGGGAAAAGAAGCAUGUUCGUAGAGCUUGACGAAUAA